AUGCCUCAUGUGACUCCUGGAUGCGAAUUACGACUUUAUCUCUGCAAUGCAUUCCCAUCCGCAGUAAUUGUUUUGAAUUCUAUGGUUUUUGACUUUGAAGUGGUAAAGGCUGCUCCGUCCAUCAAAACUGAUGUUGACUGCGAAGUCAACGACGAGCAAUUUCUUUGCCUAAGAGCGUCCGAUCUUUAUCUCCAAACGCCCAGAAUUUCGGAAAAAGGACUUAAUGGACUGAUAUUGGUACGAAAUAAUGCUAUAGUCUGCCCGAAAUGA